UUAACAAAGUGCUUGUAUUCGGCAGAUUUCACAGUGGUCAACUUCUGGCUACGGGACUGUCCUACACGAUUGUUGGGCUACGAACGGCCCGAGUUACACAGACCGAGGACCGUCCACCCCUCGCUUCCCAUGCCAUCAUCCUCCCCGACCCGUGAUACCGUGAUUACAGCCUUCUCGGCAGCCUUUCUGUUCGCUCGCUUCCCGUGGCCCUCACACAUCUCCUUGACGUCACCAUCACGGCAUCUCAUGACGCAACUCCCACCACAUCGUCCAAUCCUUACAUAACCUCGCAGCGUCCUACCAUCUGCACCAUUGCUGAUCCCUCCCUCAUCCCUCCCCCCUCCCCCUCGGCCAUCUGCUUUCUCCCAGAAAGAAAGAAAGAACCACGAUGGGCAAAACCUCCAAAUCCAAGCGCACCCGCAAUCCCCCCCCAAACAACCCGCCAGCCCACAUCCUCGCGUCCAGCGAUCCGCAAACCCCACUGUCAGGCUCCUCAUCCGACACGAGCCCCGGCGAGAUCUCGCCUGUCAGAGCGACGCCCGACGCCCAUAGCUUUGAGGAGUCGCUCGAGAGACGGUUGAGCGAAGAGAAGGAGAAGGAGGCGGUUAGGGACAAUCUCGCAGAGUGUUUGACCGAAUCUGAAGCGAGGAACGACGGAGAUCAGGGCGGCGAACGCAACAAGGACAAGAAAGGGAAGGGAAGGGAUAGUCCUACGAGGGUGAGGUACCUGAGCGGGAAGAACAAAGAGGUGCUUCAGCGGCAGAGGACUGAUAAGGGCAAGGUUGAGCCUAAGGCGAAGCAAGAGGGGGGUCAGAAAGUGGAUAAGAGUCCCGUCACCGUGCGAUACACCUUCGGUGGCAAGGAAAUGGAGUCUGCAACUGCAAAGUCCAAGAUCGAAGCUGGCCGGCUGGCCGGCACCCAGGAGGAGAAAGACGCGAACCUUUCCCCAACCUCGCGCUCCGAGGAUCACAGCUACGCUGCCGCUGCCGCUACCGACACUCCUCACGAAGACGAGAGCGGCCUGGGCGGCUCCUACGAAAACGUUUCGAUGUCUCCCAGCACCGUACCAAAGACUCCGAACAAUACAAAGGCUGGCCCCGGAAGCGGAGGGCAGAAUACGCCCGCGGUUCCUGAGCUUGAUAAGAUCCAGUUGAGGCCGGACGAGAUGGGCGAGAAUAUUGGUGAUCGUCUGCAUCAAGAGUUGAAGCAUGAGAGCGAGCGCAUGGGGAACUCAAUGGAGCCAUCGAGGCAUCAGGGUGAUAUGCAUGCUGACGCGGAGCAUGCGGCUACGAAGGCUCGCGCGUCGCACGGAGGGAAGGGCAGUAGCAAUGCCGAACAUGUGAAGAAACCAGAGGUGGCUGAUAAGGACCAUCCGUCAGACGGCAAACACCACCGAAAGGAUGCCGCUCCGGACGCCGAAACUCGCGAGCUCCAGCAUAGCCACAUCAAACCUGGAGAUUUCGGCACCAACAUUGGCGACGCGGUGCACCAACGUUCUGCGCACGAGGAACUCGAACACAAGAAGCUCCAGCAUGUUCUCUCCACCCGCCCCAUCGCCAUCCCACAACAACCACCCGUCGAGUUCACCUCAGGCCCGGCCACCCCUCGCCAUCGCCCCUCCAUCACCGAGCCAUCCAAGCGCCCCGGCGACGGUGUUGACGAAGGCCACAAAGGCAAGAUUCCUCGGCGCUCCAGCAUCGAACUCGGCAUUGAGCCCGAAGUCCCCGUACCCCCCCUCGCACAGGAAAAACUACUCCCAGCCAGCACCCCCGUUGCCGAGCAGUCGCCCACAGACUACAUCGGGCGCUUCCCCCCGACCAGCCAAUUCCUCGAGGGCACCAACCGCCGCCCGCAAACCCGCCCUGGAUCGCGUCCCGAAACCCCACGACCAGAGACGCCCCUCCUGCAGCUCCCCGGCCUCUCCCGCUCCCAGCUCAACAGCAUCCUCGCGCCCCGCGACACGGCGAUCUGGGAGCUCCAGAACGAAGUCUCGACGCUCAAGAUGGCAGUCGUAAACCUGCAAGCUGAGCGUCCCCGCGACGGUGGCCGAGACGUUGUCCGCCGCCGCGAAGGCGUCGAGAGAUUCACUAAGUACGACCGUGUCCAGGACGGUGAGAAAUCGGAGAUGGAACUGGUCAUGGAUUGGGCGCUCUGGGGUGGGCUGGUUGUCGGCGUUGCAACGGUUGCUGGGUGGGUUGGUGCGGCGGUUGAACGUGGCGCGGUUGGAAGGAGCGUUGCUGAGUGGGUUUGGAGGCAGGCGGGACGGGGGGUUUAUGCUGGAUAGGUAGGUAAAAGAUGAGUAAUGAGGUGGAACAGUCUGACAGACAGAAAUUGGAGAUUGGAAUUGUAUCGUAGUGUGCGUUGCCAUUUGGUGGUUUGGGUGUAUUUUUAGUUCCGUUCAGAUUGUAAUCCAAGAAGGGUU